AUGGAAUCAGAUGAGAAUAUAAAUAAUGAUGCUGUAGAUGAUGUAGAUGAGACAGAAAAUAAUGAAAUUAAAUCUAAAAUAUCAAGUUCUAAAAUUUAUAAUGAAGCAAUUUUUGGUAAAAAACAAAUUCCCGGUUCUAAAUUUAAAAGAGAAAAUAAAAAUAGACCGAGAGAAGUCUCAUCUAAAAUAAAACCUAAAUUUCAAAGGUCAAAACUAAAUAAACAAAAUAUUGACCCAAGAUUUAGUUCACUUUAUGGUACUUUUAGUAAAAAACAUUUCGAUAAUGCAUACGGGUUUUUAAAUACAAUUAGGAAAAAUGAAGAAAAAACGCUGAAAAAAUUAUUGAAAAGAGAAAAAAAUCCUAAUGAAAUUAAAAAGAUAAAAUUUUUAUUGCAAAGAAUGAAAAAUCAAGAUUUAGAACAGGAAAAAUUAAAUAAAAAAUUAGAAAGGAGAGAAAAAGAAAGAGAAGAACAAAUAAAAGCAUUGGAAAGUGGUAUAAAACCACAUUUUAAAACAAAAUACGAGAAAAAAAUUGUCGAUUUAGUUGAUAAAUAUGCAACAUUGAAAAAAUCGGGGAAAGUUCAAAAAUACAUUGAGAAAAAACAAAAGAAAGAAAGUAUAAAAGAAAAGAAAAAAUUGAGAUAUUUUGAUGUGAAAAUAAAUGAUGACUAA